UCCGAGCCCUCAGCCAAGGAAGACGAAGAUUCGGGUCCGUCGUUGUUGAUCACCCUCCUGUUGAUUACCGGGGCACGACAUCCGUUUAAGAUUGAUGGAAAAUACCUUCGCAAGCAGUCGGUCAAUGUGGAAAACAACGAUCCUUUUGCCAUGAGCGUCUAUACUCUUAAGGAACUCAUCUGGAAGGGAUGGCGACCGGAAUGGGAACCCCGACCGGCGUCGCCCACGUCGAUCCGAUUGAUCUCAUUUGGGAAGCUACUUGAUGACAAAGCCCCGCUGUCCGGAUUAGAUUCCAAAUUCAAUCAUGACGCUCCCAACGUUGUGCACAUGACCGUCAAGCCCCCGGAGGUUAUUGAAGACGAAGACACCAAGGGAACCAAGGGACAAUACCAGCGCGACGGAGAGGGCAGCCAACGUAGCCCUGGUUGCCGCUGUAUCAUUCAAUAA